AUGAAAAAUAUGAUUCAAGUAGCACUUUAUUCUGUCCUAUUGGUUUUUUGCUCAAUUGUUGCCCAACUUGUAUCCCAGAAAGUGAAAGAUCCUUUCAUUGAUGAGUUCUUCCAUUUGAGACAAUGCUUGGUUUAUUGUGAUUAUAAAUUCGAUGUUUGGGAUAAUAAAAUCACCACACCUCCAGGUUUAUACUAUUUGGGAUUCGCUUAUACCAAAUUGAUAUCAUACUUGGGAGUACCUUUGGAUACCAUAAGUGCAAAAUACGAUGUGUUAAGAUCCUUGAAUUUGGUUGGUGGAUUGGUGUUCUUGCCGUUAUUUGUGUAUAUUUAUAACAAGAAGAUUUGGUGGGUUAAUAUAAUAUCAUCACCUUUAUUGAUACCUUAUUAUUUUUUAUUCUACACUGAUAUUUGGUCAUUGGUAUUUGUGGUUGGUUCCUUAGCAUUCACUCGUCAUUCAGUAGUUGUGUCAGGAUUAUUGGGUUUCAUUAGUCUUUGGUUUAGACAGACCAAUAUAAUCUGGGUAGCUUUUAUAGCUUCUGUUUAUAUCGAUCAAUUUGUGAAAGAGGAUGAUUUAGUAGGUUACUUUCAACAGUAUGUGAAACAAGCUUUUGGCCAUGUAGUCCAAUUGACUCCAUAUGUGAUCAAUUUCGUGUUAUUUGCCAUAUUCCUCAAAAUCAAUGGAGGUAUCACUUUAGGUGAUAAAGAAAACCAUCAAGUACAAAUUCAUUUGGUUCAAAUAUUUUAUGCCGUUUUAUUCAUCAACUUCUUCACCCUCCCGACAUUCAUAUCGAUUGACAAGUUGAAGAGAUAUGGAAAAUCUUUCAUUGGACCUUAUUUCAUUUAUUUACCUUUGAACAUUUUGGGAGGUUUCAUCAUCCAUUAUAUCAUUGAAAACUUUACUAUCGUACAUCCAUUCUUAUUGGCAGAUAACAGGCAUUAUACUUUCUAUUUAUGGAAGAGAAUUUUAAGUCACAAGUACAGUUCAAUAGUAAUGAUCCCAAUUUAUCAUUUCGGAACUUGGAAUAUUAUACAUUCAUUAAUUAAGGCUAAAGUAAGCAUAAUAGUUAUAAUCUCAUUCAUCAUGGCCAACCUUCUAACCAUAGUACCAUCACCUUUAUUCGAACCAAGAUAUUAUAUCACACCUUUAGUGAUUUUCAGAAUGUUGACAAACAAAUCUUGCAAGUACAGAAAUUUACCAGAGUUUGCGUGGUCAAGUAUUAUCAACGUCAUAAUUAUGUAUAUUUUCUUUACAUAUGAAUUUACAUGGGAAUCUGAGAAGGGGAUUCAAAGAAUUAUAUGGUAG